AUGACAGACCCUACACCCAGUGUUCUUGAGAAGGGAGGCAAGGCGGAGGAGUCGACUAGAAGCUUAGAAGCGUACAACGACCUUGAAAAUGUACCGAAAGAGGAUGAUAUCACUCUAGUCGACUGGGAUGGGCCCGACGACCCCGCAAACCCCUUUAACUGGCCGACUUCGAAGAAAGCGCUACAGUUAGUCUUCAUGGCAUUCAAUACUUUUAUCAGCCCUCUAGCAUCCUCGAUGUUCGCCCCAGGCGUCCAAUAUGUCAUGCGCGACUUUCACACCACCGACCAGAUGUUGGGAUCGUUUAUGGUGUCCGUCUACAUUCUGGGAUACAUGCUAGGGCCCUUUCUCAUCGCGCCCCUUUCAGAGAUAUAUGGCCGUGUUCCGCUAUACCAUGCGUGCAAUGUGAUCUUCCUGGUAUUCACCAUUGCUUGUGCCGUGGCGCAAACCUUGCCUCAAUUGAUCGUGUUCCGUUUAUUCGCCGGUAUCGCUGGCGUGUGUCCCAUCACCAUCGGCUCUGGGACGGUCGCCGACAUGGUGCCAGUGGAAAAGAGAGCCGGUAUUAUGGCUAUCUGGGCUCUAGGACCUAUCUUGGGACCUGUUGUCGGACCCAUUGCGGGUGGGUUCCUGGCCGAAUCAGUCGGCUGGCGGUGGGUGUUCUGGGUCCUUGCGAUUGCAACCGGUGUUAUGGCAAUCGGGUGUUUGGCGUUCUAUCGUGAAUCGUAUGCCCCAGUGCUUCUCCGACGCAAGACUGAGCGACUGCGGAAAGAGACCGGGAACCCCAAUCUUCGCUCGGCCCGUGGCGACACCAAGAUCACGAAAGAGCUGUUCACAACCGCACUGGCGCGACCCAUGAAACUUCUCUUCCGUUCGCCGAUUGUAUUCCUGCUCGCCCUAUUCGCGGCUGUCACGUACGGGUACCUAUACUUAAUGUUCACCACUUUGACCCCGAUCUUCAGAAACACUUACGGCUUCUCAUCUGGUCUGGCCGGCCUCGCCUACCUAGGCUUCGGUAUCGGAAGUAUUUUGGGUUUGGCAAUCUGCGGUGUGGUUUCUAACCGCAUCGCCGUUAGUCACACUGCACGCGGCUGCUUCAAACCAGAAUCGCGUCUCCCCCCGAUGCUUUACGGCAGCUGGGCAAUUCCCGCCGGCUUGUUCUGGUACGGCUGGUCGGCGCAAGCACAUACUCACUGGAUUGUGCCGAUUCUGGGAACGGGCCUUUUUGCGAUCGGCCUCAUGGUCGUGUUCAUGGCUUCGAACACGUACUUGGUGGAUUCGUACUUAAGGCAUGCCGCGUCCGUCACAGCUGCUGCCACUGUGCUGCGUUCUUUGAUCGGUGCAGUGCUCCCGCUGGCUGGCCCAUCCAUGUAUGAUGCUCUGGGAUUGGGAUGGGGAAACUCAUUGCUCGCAUUUAUCGCGCUGGUGAUGUGUGUCUGCCCCGUAUUAUUUUACAAGUAUGGAGAGUAUAUUCGGACUCAUCCACGGUUUCAGAUUGCCUUAUGA